GCGGCGGCCUGUUUCCGCUUUCCGCCUGGUACCGGCUGCCGCCUCGGCGCGCGCUUUCCUCUCGGCGGCCUCGGAAUCAUGGCGGCUGCGGCCACGAUGGCCACGUCGGGCUCCGCGCGGAAGCGGCUGCUCAAAGAGGAAGACAUGACCAAGGUGGAGUUCGAGACCAGCGAGGAGGUGGAUGUGACCCCCACGUUCGACACCAUGGGCCUGCGGGAGGACCUGCUGCGCGGCAUCUACGCCUACGGUUUUGAGAAGCCGUCUGCAAUCCAACAGCGGGCUAUUAAGCAGAUAAUCAAAGGGAGAGACGUCAUUGCACAGUCCCAGUCCGGCACGGGCAAGACGGCAACUUUCAGCAUUUCAGUCCUGCAGUGUUUGGAUAUUCAGGUUCGUGAAACCCAAGCUUUGAUCUUGGCUCCAACAAGAGAGUUAGCAGUACAGAUUCAAAAGGGCCUGCUCGCUCUGGGAGACUACAUGAACGUCCAGUGCCACGCCUGCAUUGGGGGCACGAACGUGGGGGAGGAUAUCAGGAAGCUGGACUAUGGGCAGCAUGUUGUGGCCGGCACACCAGGGCGUGUUUUUGACAUGAUUCGCCGCAGAAGUUUAAGGACACGUGCUAUCAAGAUGUUGGUUUUGGACGAGGCUGAUGAAAUGUUGAACAAAGGUUUCAAAGAACAGAUUUACGACGUGUACAGGUACCUGCCCCCGGCCACACAGGUGGUGCUGAUCAGCGCCACGCUGCCCCACGAAAUCCUGGAGAUGACCAACAAGUUCAUGACAGAUCCCAUCCGCAUCUUGGUAAAACGUGAUGAACUGACUCUAGAAGGCAUUAAACAGUUUUUUGUGGCCGUGGAAAGAGAAGAGUGGAAAUUUGACACAUUGUGUGAUCUCUACGACACACUCACCAUUACGCAAGCGGUCAUCUUCUGUAAUACCAAAAGGAAGGUCGACUGGCUGACGGAGAAGAUGAGGGAAGCCAAUUUCACGGUCUCGUCGAUGCACGGGGACAUGCCGCAGAAGGAGCGCGAGUCCAUCAUGAAGGAGUUCCGCUCCGGCGCCAGCCGCGUCCUCAUUUCCACGGACGUCUGGGCCCGGGGGCUGGACGUGCCUCAGGUGUCCCUCAUCAUCAACUACGACCUGCCCAACAACAGAGAGCUGUACAUCCACAGAAUCGGGCGGUCGGGUCGGUACGGCCGCAAGGGUGUGGCCAUCAACUUCGUGAAGAACGACGACAUCCGCAUCCUCCGGGACAUCGAGCAGUACUACUCCACCCAGAUCGACGAGAUGCCCAUGAACGUUGCUGAUCUGAUCUGAAGGGCGUCUUGCUGCGCUGAGAACGAGUGGAGACUGGCCCCUCUUGUGCUCCCCCGUAUUACCUGAUGGGGGUUCAUAGGAACCCUCUCCUCACAACCCACCCCAGGAAGACCCCUGGCAUCCCUGCCAUCUUUUCUAAUCAAUAUGUAAAUAAAUUGUUGCUUUAAGUAUUUUUCAUUAAACAUUUAAAACUUC